AUGAGGAGGGCAAGUCUGGAAGAGCAGGAAAACAAGAAGGCUGGACCCCAAUGGGGAAAGGCGCCCGACUGCAAUCUUAAAGCUCCUCACUCGUCGCCUCGCUCUUCUCUUCUCUUCUCUCUCUUCCCUUUCUUCAUCUCUAUCCUCACAUUCCCAUCUCACAUUCCCAGCGUUAAGCUUAUCUUUACAUUCCUACCCCAGGAAUUCUCCACAUCAGCAGUCGAGUAUAGAUCUAUCUUCGGAAGAGAUUCGAGAAAAGACGCUCAAAGGACAGCCAACCUGGACUUUGACGCCCGCGUCCCCAUUCCCUUCAGUGUCUUCCCGUCGUCGUACCGGAGUGACGCUGUUCCUGAGACUACUCUUGCCGCUGAGAGAGUAGAGGGAGAAGUCAACCUCGAUCGCACUUCGCACGUCGAACGGGAAGAUACUCGAACCUCUGCCCCUCUCCCUGACCCCCGGGCCUACGGAAAGGAAGAAGUCGAUCUUCACUUCGAACGUCGCUCAGACCGCCGAAGAGGUGACGAUUUCACCGUCGUUGACGAACGUGUGCAAGAUACCCGAUACCCUCAGGUAGACCUUGCCCGUGACCGCUACCGCGAGCCUCCUGCGCACCGCUUCCAAGACUCCUACAAGGACAAGGAGCAGACCUACGACAAGACCUUUGAGAACCAGCUUGACAUCACUGAGCGCGAGUAUCGUCGUCGUACUGAUCCUACAUACGACGCUCAAGCCUCCUCUUUCGAUCGUCGCUCCCAAGGUCCCAUAGCCUCUUACGAAGCUCCCCGCCAGCACACUUCGGACGUUUACAGCCGCCCUUCCGCGUCUUAUAACGUCUCGUACGAAGCUCCUCGCCAGCAAACUUCGGACGUUUAUAGCCGGCCCGCGCCUUCCAACGUCUCUUACGACCGAGGCUUCGAGUCCCGUCCUUUAGACGUUCCCCGCGGAAACUCUUACGACAACCGCCAGGUUAGCGUAGAGAGUGUCAAGCCUCCUGCUCCUUCCAGCAACAAGCUCAAAGUUUUGAAAACUACUACCGUAGUUGAUCACCCUAAAGCUCGCAAGAUGGGUUACUACGACGACGACGGUAACUACCACUCCUUCCGUCGUGGUGUGGAACGCGCUGUGGACCGCAUCACGCACCCCUUCCACCACCAUCAUGACCAUGGUCACCAUGAUCACCAUGAUCACCGCGAAGAAGUAGUUGUCGCUGACGAACGGGGCCCAGUUCGUGUUCGCGAGAAUGUCCGCAUUGUCGAGCCCCGUGGCGGCGCCUCCACCGCCGAGACCGUUCCGAUCCCCUGCCACUUCAUCCGUGCCGGCGACAUCUUGAUCCUGCAGGGCCGCCCCUCCCAGGUGAUCCGCAUCUCUACCUCGCCCCAGACUGGCCAGCACCGCUACCUCGGUGUCGACCUCUUCACCCGCGAGCUUCACGAGGAGUCCAGCUUCAUCUCCAACCCCUCCCCCUCCGUUGUCGUCCAGACCAUGCUCGGCCCCGUCUACAAGACCUACCGCAUCCUCGACAUCCGCGACAGCAGCCUUGUUGCUCUCACCGAGAGCGGCGACGUCAAGACCGGUCUCCCCGUUGUUCCUCAGGACAACCUGCACGGCCGCAUUCGCGAUGCCUUCCAUGAGGGCCGUGGCUCCGUCCGUGUCCUAGUCAUCAAUGACGGUGGUCGCGAGCUGGUUGUUGACUUCAAGGUGAUCCACGCCUCCCGCCUGUAA